UUGCUAUUCAAAAGUUAUUCAAAAAAUACCCACGGACCAUCCUUUUUUUUGGAUGGACAAUAGUGUGACAUUCGCCAACAAAAAAAUAUUUUUGUAUUAUCGUGUUAGCCAAUUGGCGAUAUUCCUCAGGGCAUUCGCCAAACAGGCAAAUUAAUAAUUUGGCAUACGCCAGUAAUGAAAAUAAUUCGUAUUAUCAGAUUCGCUAAUUGGCGAAAUUCCUGAGGAAUCUCACCAACUGGGGAAAAGUACGAUUGGCGUAAUGCUGGAUUAGCGUUAAGAUUUUAUCCCAAUGUAUUUCAUUGUUUUUGAAAUACCGUUUGCUAGAAAGGUGCUAGAACCGUGCGCUUUUCAGUUUUGAAUAGAAAGCUGUUGGGGCUAUCUGAAUAUAGAAAACAUGAAUGGAUAAAUACCACCUACAGGUAAUGUAUUUCUUGAAAGUUCUUUUGCUAACAAAAGGAAUUUAUCGCAUCGUGGAAACAACUCCAACUGUACAGAACAUGUGCUCAACUUUUUUAACGUUUCUUGUAAAAUCACUAUUUAUCAGAGGAAAGAAGACUUUCAACACAUAAUUUUUGUGUUUUCCUUCUAUACUCACUUUCUUCGGCAAUGAUAGGUUUUAAAUGAAUAACAGCAUUAUCAAGGCUUUAGUCUACCAUACUGGAUUCGCGACAUCAAAAUAUAUCCUGACGAGACUAUAUCUCUAAAGAAGGUAUAUCUUAUAUUCUGUUCGGGCUAUAAGAUCGGACUGCCUGCAAAGGGAAGGAUGCCUUUGCCAAGUUUAUUCAUAGAUAAACUGAAAUGUAAGUGAUGUACCUUGCGGUCCGGUCUCAUAGUCCGAGCGGGUGUCAGUAGUGAGACCGGAUUGCAUGUAGAAAUUCAAAACGUAUUCCAAUGCUCUUUUUCAUGAUGUCCAUCAAAGUUUCUUUUUGAGAAUGAAUUAAUAUUGUUGUUUUCUUUGUUUUUUAUUUUAUUCUGGCCAUUAAUUCAAGAGGUAUUACAUUAAAACUUUCAAACAAAACGUUAACGUGAAAAUGAGAACAACGCGUAUUGCCAGGAAAGUAAAAAAGCACUGCUAAGGCCCUAUAAAACUUUUGCCACCUUUACACUACCUCAAUCAUUUUUGCAGAUGUUGGCGCAAACGAGUUUUGAAGGUGAAGGAGUUAUGUCUGCUGGUAACUAAUCUAGAAAGAGGGGAGAACUCUUUGAAAAUUUUGAAAAAGAGAACCAGGCAGAAAUAUUUACUUCUCGUCGAAAGCAGAGAAAGCUUUAAUUUAUUGACUAGAUCAUAUUCUGCACUAUUAAAAUCCCAUGUGAUUAUGUGUCGCUAAACGGUGAAUAGACUUUAGACGGGCACUGUUAUUUGUAAAGUCAGUAUCAUAUAAUGCACAUGCAUCUUACUCAAAAUACAAAUUUUAUGGAUUUGAAGCUGGACGUGAGCAGAUGCUUCUUUUAAUUGGCGACGUAUCGCUCCAAGACGUUGUCUACAAGACUAAGCGAGAUCUUCUAUGUGCUGACCCCAUCACAAGUUGUAAGUUACCUUGAGAUCUAACAGAGCUAGAUGCAUUUUGACUGACGGAAAAAAAUCAUCAAUAAAUGAUUUAAAUGAAGCUUAUAGUUCAUAUUUAUGGUUAAGGCGCAUUAAAGAAAUAUUUCUUGUGAUGAAAAAUGAAGAUGAAAAUGAACCAGUGACACAUUAUGAUAUGGAAUUAGCUAAAAAAGAAUUAUUACAAAUUUGUCAAAGAUUUAUUGAGAGUGAAAAGCCAGAUUUAAAUAAGCAACAGAUUCUAAGUAAAAAUGAGGAAAAUAUACUGCGUGCAUAUAAUCAACAAAAACAAGCUCUAGAAAAUUUUCAAAAAUAUUAUAUAAAACAACAUGAAGACAAUGCCAAAUCAAUGGUGAGUAACAGAACUGCACAGAACAUCAACAUCAAUAUGAAGCACCAAAUGAGCAAAACGUUUUGCUUGAAACUCAGUGCUUUGAUUGAGUAAAUUGCAAGAUUUUUUCCCUAUUGAAGCUCGAAAGUAGGCAUGCACCGAUUUCGAUUAAAAUUCGAAUAAUCGAAAUUCGAUGAAAUCGAACAUAAUCGAACUUCGAUUAUUCGAAAUCGAAAAUAUUCGAACCUUUUUUCUGUUUCUGGCAAAAUACUAGAGCGACGUGAGAGUUCAGAUUAUUUGUGUAAAGUGUAAAAU